AUGUCUCUUAUUAGUCAACUGCCUUUGGGCAUAAUGAAUUCUAUUUGUUCUAAAUAUGAUGUAAUUUUGGCCAGCUCUUCUCCACGAAGAUAUGAAAUUUUACACGAUAUCAUGGGACUUACUGAAUUAAAGACGAUGGUUCCUACGUUCGAAGAAAAUCUUGAUAAGACGAAGUACUCUACAAAUCCAAUUGAAUAUGCCCGUGAUACGAGCAGGCGUAAAGCACAGAGUAUUGUUGAGAUUUUGAGUGACUACCAGAACGAAAAUUCGAAUGAAAUUGAAAAACCCAAGCUUAUAAUAUGUGCAGAUACAAUCAUCAUAGAUAAGGAUGGAAAAAUUUAUGAGAAGCCCAUAACAAAAGAAGUUCAAAUGAGAUUUUUGAUGAAGUUUUGCUAUGAAGAUGAUGAACCUGUUAACGUUGUCACAGCUGUGACACUGAUGAAAUGGUACAAUAAGGAAGAUUUUGAACUGGUACCAUUUCAGGAUGAAACUAAGGUAUACUUUGAUAACAAGAUACCAUUGAGGGUUUUGCAAGAGUACGUAGAGAGUGGAGAUGGAUUAGAAGCUGGGGGUGGGUUCAAAAUACAAGGACAAGGGGGCAUACUCAUAGAAAAAAUCGAGGGUGAUUACUAUAAUGUAGUCGGGUUGCCUCUUAACAAGAUUUUCAAAGGACUCUAUGCCGAAGCUAAUGCACUAUAA